CUGCGGCCCCGCUGAGCCCGCGGCCUGCGGGCACCCCGGGUGUUUGGGGGGCUGGAGCCCGCCGCAGGGAGGAGCGGGAAGCAGCGGUGGCCGCCGGCUCUCGGCCGUGUCGCUGCCGGCGGGCACGGCGCGGCUCGCCGGGAGCGCGGGGAUGGGAUGCCGCAGCCCGAGGAGGGUGCAGCGCCCAGCCGCCCGCCCGGGGCCGGCGGGCAGCCCCAGCGCUCGUUUGGGGGCAGAGGUCUUGCCGUGUUAAAUCCACCCAGCAGCGGAUCAGCCGGGGAGGCAGCAGUUCCUGCUGGAGCAUCUGGGGUGCUUAUUGUGAGCUGCGGCAGGACCUGCCCUGCAGCAAGCUCAAAACACAUGCCCCAGCUCUGCUGCUUGCAUAUGGAGAGCUCCGAGGAGCUGGAAAGCAGCCUCCUGACCCAGCCCUGGGCUUCUGUUCGCUUUGGCGAGUCCACUUUCCUUGCCAAAGUGUGCUUCAGGGAUACUGGCUAUAUCCUGCUGAUCUCUGACCUCAGCAGUGUUUGGUACGAGAGUGCAGGCGUCGAGGCUGUGGGACAAAGGUCCAAGGAGCUGAACAAGCGGCUGACUGUCCACGUGUCCUCCUUCCUGAACCACCUGUGCAGCUUGAUGUGUCCCUUGCUGGCAGGGCAGCCAGGUGCCACCACUGCCUUCUCCUGCCAGCGCUCUCCCAGUGGCCUCAGGCUGCACGUGAAAAGCGAGCUGUCAGGACUGCCCUUCUACUGGGACUUCCACUGCUGCCCCGCUCCCUUGGAGAUGGUGUUCCGUCACCUCGUGCGGCCCCUGAUUCAGAUGAACCUGGCGCUGAAGUGCCAGGUGCAAGAGCUGAUUUCCCUGCUGCUCCAGAAGGAUGCCGAGAUUGAAGAUUACAGGGAGAGUGGGGCCACUCUCAGCAGAGGCCGCCUGCGGACAGAGCCCUUCCGGGAGGAGACGUUUCAGCAGAACUUCAUGGCUGAGAUUUUUCACAGCUGGUUUCCUGGGAGCAGCUCUAGAGGACAGCGAGGAGGUCAAGGAGGUCGUGCUAACUUACUCACCUGGUGCCAAAAUGGUAGCAUGCAGUGAGGCUGAGAAACAGCAUUGUAUCCUGCUUAGACUGGAAAUAAGAGAGGAAAAUGCAGAGCCCAUCUGGGAAAGAGAGAGUAAAUUCUUUUCUGUAGACUUCUCCUGCUGUGUCCUUCAGGCUCUGUGAAUGAGAUCUCAGCCUGUGAGAUAUGUGCAAGCCUGUGGCACCUCUUGGGAUUUCUCCCAGGAGCAUCAGUGUCAGUAUCAGACACCUGGUGAACCAAUGGGAAAACUGGCCAUCCUGAGGGACAGAUGACUGUGCAGAGCAAGGGAUGGCAAUGCCAAAGAAGGGAUGGCCAUGCUGAGGAAGGAAAGACUACACCAAGGAAGGGAUAACUGUACUGGAGAAGUGAAGACCAUACUGAAGUAGAAAUGACCAUGCCCAGCAUGGGACUGUGGAUGGACUGGUUCCCCAGCAGAAGAUGCUGUCAUGGAUGGAGAGGGAAAGAGGCAGAGCCUCCUUCUCAGCUGAGAGGAAGGCUAAAAUACCCUGAGUCCUUGGGAACUCUGCUUGCUUCCCGGGGAUACUGUGCUUGAUGCAGAGGCCACUUGGUCAGACAGACUCUCACCUCAGUAAGGAAACCUCUCUGGGCAUUUGGACGCAGUACCUUUCCUGGGACUUCCUGCUGGUUCUUCAUAAUCAGUCUCCAAGUAGCCAACAUCUGCUGUCCAGUGCCAAACCAGCCAGAGGGACUCAGGGCCUGGAGAGGGCAGUGGCUGAGCCCUCUGACAGGGCCGCUCUUUGCAAGGAUGGGCUUUACACGACUUCCUCCCCAGCACUGGAGAAGGUCCUUCAGAGGAUCCCAAAUUCCGGCUUGGAGGGACUCUGAGGCGCUUCUGUGCCCAGCUGCCCGCUCUUGCAGUCCAGCUCUGGCUCCACUGGGCCUAGAGCCCUUCCCAACCCCAUCUUAGACAGACGGAUAUCCCAAAACCCACUGGUCCCAGGGGCUCCCACUCUGGGUCCCUCUGGCUGAAUGAGGUGGUGUGCGUGUGCCCAGACUGUCCCCUCCUGUGACUGUACAGUACACACAGCUAAAUAUAUGUCCGUGCAGAUACAGGAACUCAGAGGGGCUGAGUGAUGCUCCUUUUCUAUACCUCUUUUCAUGGGGAGAGUUAAUGAGAUUCAUGUCAUUAAAGGGCUGAUGUUUUGUGGGAUGGGAACCUUUUAAACGGGAUGUGUCCUGGCUUAGUCAUGGCAAAUAUUUACCAAAAAAAAAAAAAAAAAAAGGGAAAAAAAAAGAGAAAGAAGGAAAAAAAGGGACAUACCAUAUAAAAUUAGAGUUCUGAAAAUAGUAUUUAGACCAAGUGAGAGAGAGGAACCUAAAACAGAAAAUACAGCCCAGUCUGUUCAGGAGUCAGGGGAAGAGAGAGUGGGGAGGCGGGGGAAAGCCAGAGAUAAAACGAGAGAAACCUCGGCAGUAAAAACAGCAUCUUGGUAAAUAGACUAUUAAAAAAAUUCUGACCCGCUUUAUGGCUUUCUUGGCUGCCGUUCAGCUGUGCUGCCCUGGCCGGCACGGAGGGAAGGUAGCAGGAGCCGGCGUCUGUGUGGAUGCUCAGAGCUCCGGGACGCGGCUUCCCCCCACCCCCGCCCCGGAGCAGCCGCACAGGGCGUUAAAUUUAGCCACAUAAUGAUGGCCCUGAGGAGGCAGCCUUUUGUAGCCACACUAUAAUUACUGCCUCGCUUAUAAAUUUUAUUUUUCUUAUUAUGUUUCCUCCUCCUCCUCUGCUGGGGAAGGGGUGGAGGGGUCUCCCACACCCCCGUCAAAGCCACAGCUCUCUGGAGGGAAGGGGGCACCAUGGGAUAUAGGGGAAGGUGGGCACGACUGCCCCAACCCUGCACUGCUCUCCUGCCCCCGUGCAGGGCUCAGCCCUGCGUUUGGGGAGGGGGAGGUGUGGAGCUAAGCCCAGUGUGGUAGGGGCCCUGAAGCAUCGGUGUCUUGACCCCCCUGAUACUUAGCCUCACCCUCUCAGGCUGCUUUGCAGAUCGACUUGUGCAGGCAGGACCAGGGGAUGUCUGCUGGGGCUGUGAGCCCGUGUCACAGCCAGGCAGCCGGGAUCCCCAGCAGGCUGCUGGGGAUGCAAGGAGAAGCCGUCUGGCCCUGCUUGGCGGGUCACCGGCUCCAGCCCUGCUGCUCGCAGAGGUGGGAAAGGCAGGGGGUACGGCUCCUCUGCGGGCCAGUGCAAGCGGGGGACAGCUUCAGGCCGGGCAAGAACGUGCCAGAAAAGGUCUCGUUCCCCUCUUGUUUUCCCAAAACAAAGGAAACAGCCUUGCAUUGCUGGAAGUCGCGUGCUUGGGCUGUGCUAGCUUGUUAUCAUCCGAUAACCUGGCGACCUGGGAGCUGCCCUGCUCCUCACCCGCCGAGCCCGCGCUACGGGAUGCGAACAGCUUCCGCAUGAGCUGCCCUUUGCAGAGAUCCGUUUUCCGCUUCCCGGCCUGGGGGGGACAGUGGUGGGGGUGCCAUGAUGGCCCUGGCUGGCCCCAGGCUCACCGUGUGCCACAUGCCUGGGAGAUCUGCCCCGGCAGGUGGUGAUGGAUGGUGAGGGCAGAGGAGAUGCAGAGAUAGCAAGUGCCUUGGCACGGCCCAGGUGCUGCCAUCCUGUGUGCAGCGUGGAAGGAGAUUUGGGAUUCUGCUGUAUUUUGCUUUCUCACGUGCAAAUUCCCUGAGAGCACCGUGGCCAGGCUUUGCUGUGGAGCAGGAUGGGCAGUGUGCAGGGCUGGGGGUGGCAGGGGUCCCUUGGGGCAUACAGUGGUGCCUUCAGGGAAAGAGCCCUUGCAAACUGCCAAGGAAGGCUGCCCAGCAGCAGGACUGCCUGCUUUCCCUUCUCCCAGACUCUUGCCUUGGGGAGGAUGCAGUGAUGCCAAGCUGCCCUGGAGACUUUGGUGGGACUGGUGGUCACAGUGGUGUUCAUCUGUCACUGUGGGGACAUGCGUGGGAGAGCAUCUCCUUGGCAGAGCUGUGUAUGGGGCACGUGCAGAGCCACAGCAGUCUCACCCAGCAGUGCCCAGGGGAGCUGCCUCAUCCCAAAGCAGCCCCUUUCUCCUGCCCUGUGCUACAACGGCUCUGUUCAGCACAACGAUGACCUGAAGCAACCUCCAUCCCUCGCUCAAGUACCCGUUUCAGGGCAGGUAGGACAAUACUAAAUCAACUCCUUUAAAGCCUCCUGACCUGCAGCCCCACGGACGUGCCGGUCUCCAUCCCUCCCUCAUCUCCUGCGGGCACACUGGGGUCUGGUGCUCUGGCCAGCUGCCCGGGCACGGGGCUGCCUCGGCUGCUGGCCAGGCAGCUCCUGGCCUGCCUGGGUCUGUGCCCUGACCCUCCACCCACUGCGGGGUCCGUGGCUUGUGCCAGGCGCCAGGGAUUCAGCACCGAGGUGGUCGCAGGCGUCCCCGGGGACAGCAGCCACCACCUCACUGGUGGUGGCUUGGGAGCCUGGAGAGCUCUGUGG